GGGUGCUCUGCGCCGCAACGUUCAGUCGACGCGUAGCACUCAACACGAACAAACCGUUUGGCAGCGUAUCUGUAAGAUACGACGUGACGAGUACCUAUAUAUUCGUUAUAUUUUGUAAAGCUACAAAAUGCAUAGAGCACACACGGCCUUUAGUCUGGCGUUAUCGCCCAUGGCGCACAAAAACUUUGCCACAUGGCUGCUCAGCAGCAACAGCAGUCAAAAGCAGCUGAUCAAGGCCACCGCCGCUGCAGCCGUGCGCACCUACAAUUCGGCAGCCGCCGAGCCUUUCGCCAAUGGCAGCACCGCAUCCUACGUGGAGGAGAUGUACAAUGCCUGGCUGCGUGACCCCAGCUCUGUGCAUACCUCCUGGGAUGCAUACUUCCGCAGCAACUCGUACGUGAGCCCGCCCAAUUUGGCGCCCGUGCAGGCGAACACGCUGCCGCUGUCGGCUUUCAAUUUGGGCGGCGCUGUCAGCGCUGCGCCCGACUCCAAGACCAUUGAUGAUCAUCUGGCCGUGCAGGCCAUCAUCCGCAGCUAUCAGUCACGUGGUCAUUUGGCAUCUGAUCUGGAUCCGCUUGGAAUUUUAACACGCGAAAAAACCGUUUGCAAGGAUGGUCUUGCACGUCGCGCUAAUGAGGAUGUGCUCCGGCAGCAUUCUGGGUUUUUGUUUGGCGAGCAGGACAUGGAGCGUCAGUUCAAGCUGCCCAGCACCACAUUCAUUGGAGGCGAUGAGGCUUCUUUGCCCCUCAAGGAAAUUCUGAACCGUCUGGAGAAUGUUUAUUGCAAUAAAAUUGGCGUGGAGUUCAUGUUUAUCAACUCUUUGGAGCAGUGCAACUGGAUUCGCAAGCGUUUCGAGACGCCGGGCGUGCUCAACUUUACGCCAGAGGAGAAGCGCCUGAUUCUGGCACGUUUGACACGUGCCACAGGUUUUGAGGCCUUCUUGGCCAAGAAAUACUCAUCGGAGAAGCGUUUUGGUCUCGAGGGUUGUGAGAUUAUGAUUCCGGCCUUGAAGGAAAUCAUUGAUGUGUCCACCGAGCUGGGCGUGGAGUCUGUCAUCAUGGGCAUGCCACAUCGUGGACGCCUCAACACUCUUGCUAAUGUCUGCCGCAAGCCAUUGAAUCAAAUCUUUACCCAGUUUGCUGGCUUGGAGGCCGCUGACGAUGGCUCCGGUGAUGUCAAGUACCAUCUGGGCACAUAUAUUGAACGCUUAAAUCGCGUGACCAACAAGAACAUUCGUCUGGCCGUUGUGGCCAAUCCCUCUCACUUGGAGGCCGUUGAUCCUGUUGUCCAGGGCAAGACACGCGCUGAGCAAUUCUAUCGUGGCGAUCAGGAGGGCAAGAAGGUGAUGUCCAUACUCAUUCACGGAGAUGCCGCCUUCUGCGGCCAGGGUGUUGUCUAUGAGACGAUGCACUUGUCGGAUCUGCCCGACUACACGACGCACGGCACCAUCCAUGUGGUGGCCAAUAAUCAAAUUGGCUUCACCACCGAUCCACGUUUCUCGCGCUCCUCGCCGUACUGCACGGACGUGGCGCGUGUCGUCAAUGCGCCCAUCUUCCACGUCAAUGCUGACGAUCCGGAGGCCGUGAUGCAUGUCUGCAAGGUGGCUGCCGAGUGGCGUGCUACCUUCCACAAGGAUUGUGUCAUUGAUUUGGUUGGCUAUCGUCGCAACGGACACAAUGAGAUCGACGAGCCGAUGUUCACGCAGCCGCUUAUGUACCAGAAGAUUCGCAAGCACAAGAACUGCUUGGAUCUGUAUGCUGAUAAACUGAUUGCCGAGGGCACCGUCACCGGCGAGGAGGUCAAAUCUGUGGCCGCCAAGUACGAGAACAUUUGCGAGGAGGCGUUUGCGUUAGCCAAGACCGAGACGCACGUCAAGUACAAGGAUUGGUUGGAUUCGCCCUGGUCUGGUUUCUUUGAGGGCAAGGAUCCACUGAAGGUCGCGCCCACUGGUGUCAAGGAGGAGACUCUGAUUCACAUUGGCAACCGUUUCUCGUCGCCACCACCAAAUGCCGCUGAAUUUGUCAUUCACAAGGGUCUCAUGCGCGUUUUGGCCGCUCGCAAGGCCAUGGUUGAUGAGAAGGUCGCCGAUUGGGCCUUGGGCGAGGCCAUGGCCUUUGGCUCCCUGCUGAAGGAGGGCAUCCAUGUGCGCCUCUCUGGUCAGGAUGUCGAGCGUGGCACUUUCUCGCAUCGUCAUCAUGUGCUGCACCAUCAGCUGGUGGACAAGGCCACCUACAAUUCGCUGCAACACAUGUAUCCGGAUCAGGCGCCCUACUCUGUCUCGAACAGCUCGCUGUCCGAGUACGCUGUGCUGGGCUUCGAGCAUGGCUACUCCAUGACCAAUCCCAAUGCUUUGGUCUUGUGGGAGGCGCAAUUCGGUGACUUCAGCAACACGGCGCAGGCCAUCAUCGAUCAGUUCAUCUCCAGCGGUCAAUCGAAAUGGGUGCGUCAAUCUGGUCUAGUCAUGCUGUUGCCCCAUGGCAUGGAGGGCAUGGGCCCGGAGCAUUCGUCGUGUCGCCUCGAGCGUUUCCUGCAGAUGAGCUCUGAUGAUCCCGACUACUUCCCACCCGAGUCGGACGAGUUUGCGAUCAGACAGCUGCACGACAUCAACUGGAUUGUGGCCAACUGCACGACGCCUGCGAACUACUAUCAUAUUUUGCGUCGCCAAAUCGCCUUGCCCUUCCGCAAGCCAUUGAUUCUGUGCACGCCCAAGUCGCUGUUGCGUCACCCGGAGGCCAAGAGCCCCUUCAGCGAGAUGAGCGAGGGCAGCGAGUUCCUGCGCAUCAUACCCGACCGCGGACCAGCUGCUGACAAUGCCAGCAAUGUGAAGAAGGUUGUCUUCUGCACGGGUCGCGUUUACUACGAUCUGACCAAGGCGCGUACCGAGAAGCAGUUGGAGAAGGAUAUUGCCAUUGUGCGCGUGGAGCAGGUGUCGCCGUUCCCCUUCGAUCUGGUCAAGGAGCAGGCAAAUCUGUACAAGAACGCCGAGCUCGUCUGGGCACAGGAGGAGCACAAGAACCAGGGCUGCUGGACCUAUGUCCAGCCGCGUUUCCUCACCGCUCUCAACCACAGCCGUGAUAUCAGCUAUACUGGACGCGCUUGUGGCGCCUCCACGGCCACCGGAUCCAAGGCCCAGCACAUUCGGGAGCUGAACGCGUUGCUCAACGAUGCGAUUUCAACUUAAGGCGUCAACUGGGAUAUUUGGCUGGCAUGAUGAUUAUGAAGAAACCGAAGAGCAGGAAGCAGAUGGAGUUGAAAUGAAUAUUAAUUAUGAUUAUAUAUAUUUUGUAAUAGAAACGUAUGCAGACAGACUCUUUGAUACGAUUUAUUUCUGACGAAAUUGUUAAGUGCAUUGUGUGAAAGUAAUGAAAUUUUAAAUAUUAGUUUAGUGAAAUUGAUGAAAAUGAUGAGCAAAAUCCAACAAGAACACGAAAUGUUUAGUGUUUAGCGUUAAAACAAAUACAACAAACAAACAAAAACAACAACUGAAAUCCAAUCACAGUAAAUCUUUAAAGUAAAGAAUUCAAAUUCUAGUAGAUAAAAUACAAAACACACACACACACAACACACACUCGCAAACAUAUAUAUAGAAAGCAAAAACAUUUUCAAAAUGAAUGUAAUUUUAUUUUACUUUUAUGCUUAAUAUUUAUUUUAUUGUAUUAUAUAUUAAUUAACCAUCUCAACAACUUAUGAAUUGCAAGUCCUUGUUGCAAAACGCAAAAGAAAGAAAUCAUUAAGUGUUUUUGUUUGCCUUUGUUUAAAUAAAAGUAUAUAUAUAAACAUAUAUAUAUAUAUAUAUAUGCGCCGACAUAUACAAGAAUUAGUUGACUAAUCAAAGGGGCGGAACAACAAUAUUUAUCAGGGAUGUUGCGACUAUUUUGCAUCGGUUAUAUUAUAAAGUGUAUCAACAAAUGUAAUGGGAAUGCUUUAAGUAUUUAUACUGUCACAAUUUUUGAAUGUACUUAGAAUUAAACGAUAUAUACGAUAUGCGAUACAGAUAUAUA